AUGGCCCCAACGGUGCUAUCACCAGCCUCACCGGUAGAACUCCUUCACUACAUCGUCACGUUCCAGGCCUAUCCAACCACGAUCCUCAUCUGUUACUCACGAGAGGACUUUAUCGCAAGACUCGUAUCUGACGCCCACAACACACAUGAAGAAGAUCAUGGUACCCCUGAGGAGCGGAGUUCUCUACCUCUCCUCUCAGCGACGCUCUACCAGACCGCAGUCGCCCGCCACAUCCGCAUUCUCUUCAUCCCGACAGUGACACAUCUCCGCGCGUACCUCUCUGCCUUCGACCCAUCGGACUCCCUGACGCCACCACCUCCGGAUUAUCCCCCACCAUCAUCCGCGAAACGCCCACCGCCCCUGCUUCUAGUCUAUGGUCUCCUCAACCUCCACCGCGACUCCAGCGAGUGGAGCGCCCAAGGCCUCAGUAACUCGGCCGCUGCACUCCUGGAAGCUGCACGGCGCACAGGGUUCAAGCCCGUCGUCGUUGAGCCAAAGGGCGCGGGAGGACACGGCGACUUCAAGGCUGUCUUGCAGGACGACGUGCCUGUCCUGAGUGGAAGCUCGAGAAGGGACGAGGGUGUUUGGACGGGAAGGACAGUCAAGGCGAAACAGGUUUUAGGGCGAUGGUUCCGUUUCCAGACGGGUCAAUGGGACGUUUAA